UCUUACUCGUAGCAUUAAUUAUUUAAAUAUUUAAUAAGAUUCGAUAUUAUUAAAUUAUUUUUCUAUUAAAACCAAAAUAAUGUAAGACAAUUAUAUAGUAAAAUAGUAAUUAGAAAUUCCAAGGGAUUGUCCUAUUGAAUAUUGAUAAUACGAAAGGAUAAAAUUCAGUACAUAGUUGGUUCGAACUUUAUGGUCAACAAUCAACAAAAAACUAAUAGUUAAAGAAAGUAAAUUACUCAAUAUUAAUUCAUAAAUAGCAUAUAUAUCACAUAAAAUAGUAGUGGUUGUUAAGAGCUUACAUUAGUAUAUGAGAAGAGUUCAAGGCCAUCAUAAUACAAAAAGAUAAAAUUCAUCACAUUUUUUUCAAACUUUAUGGUUAACAAUCAACAAUAAAAAUAAUAGUUAAGAAAGUCAAUUACUCAAUAUUAAUUCAUUAAUAACUCAUAUAUCUCGUAAAUUAGUUAAAACUGUUGUUAAGAGCUUACAUUAGUAUAUGAGAAGAGUUCAAGGCUAUUAUAAUUGUCAAAUAACAAUUUUUUUUUUAAUUGCCAGAUCACACACUUAAUGAUCAACUCUAAUAGUUGACUGCCACAUCAGAUAAAUUUAACAGAUUUGGAUGAAGAGUGACCAAACUUGAAAUGUUUAAGUAAUUUUAGUGACUACUAAUGAAAUUAAAUAUUUUUAGUGACCAAACGCGAACGUUUUUAGUAAACCCCGUUACCAACCAUGAAAUUAACCCAUUAGAAAACCAAAUGAAUAUUUAAAAAGAGAUAUGGGGCAUAUGGAUCAUUGAUUUUGGUGUUUCAUUUGAUAUUCAAAUACAACACCUCCGAGAUUUGUCAAACUUCACCAUUUGAAGAUACUAAAAAUGUAUACCAAUUACGUAGCGUCAGUGAAAUUUUUGUCCAAAACUGUUUGAGCAUGAAUUUAUAAAAAUUCAUAUCACUAUAUGAGAUUUAGCAAAUUUAACAUAUCAAGUGUCGCAUGCUUAAAUAUGUAUUCCACAACUGGUGGUGACAAAAUUAAUUAGAAGAAGCAUUGUAAUUAGAAAAUCCAAAGAAGUAAUCAUAUAUCGUCUCAUCCUGAUCUCAUUUGAAGGCAAAGGACUCGAAAGCUUCGUCCACCUUUGUGUUCCUUCAUCCGUUUUGCUGGAGCGUCUGGAAAGAAAGGAACCAUAAAUUUUCGAAGACCAAGUGAAGUCUGCUCCUGAGAUUUUGCUUCGGAGUUGUGAGAGUUGUUUGAGUCGUUCCUCAUUGCUCUUGACGCAUGCAACAUUUAGCUUGAAUGGUUAACCUUGUGUGUCCCUUCUGUCUUGAGUGACUUUAGCUAUUAUGAAUACAAACACGCACACAAUUCUACGAUGGACUCAGACACCAUUACCAGAUCAGCCUCCAUUGCAGUAGAAAGCUCAGAGCUGACCUGCCUCAAGUCAAUGCAUGGAAUUCCACAGCCAUUCGCAACAACUCUUACCGGGAGUGAUAACGAAUUCUCUUCGGAACCAUCUGAGUUGGUGAUCAUUGCAUUUGGAAGUAGCCCUCCAGCUUCAGCAGCUCUUCUAAGAAUGUCACAAUGCCAUAACAAUGGCAAACAUCCUAAAUGAUAGACUGGCUACUGAACAUGUAAACAAAACGCUUCCAAUUAAAAUUGGAUCAUUCAGAGCAUGAACAUAGUUUGCAACCAACACAACCUGCAAGUGAUCCCAUUUCCAUCUUCGGUCUGUUAAAUUACAAUGGUCACCACACUCUUGGUGAAGGAACAAAAUCUCAAAAAAGCUAAGUGCUCAAUUUGAGCUUAACUUUGUCAAAAUCUGGUUGACAGUGGGGCAAAAAUUGCCAAAUCCGAAAUCAUUACGGGGAUAGUUAAAGUGAAUGGUUUGUUUAGGUGAAUGGCAAGUGUUUUAAGCUUUAAAUUGAUCCACAUAAGGAUGGGCCAGAGGACUAUAAUUAAAGUUAAUUUGAUUC